AUGGCUCAACCCCCCGAAGCUGCCCCGUUGCGACCGCAGUCGUCUCGAGACUCGGCUCCUGCUCAGCCGCGUGUGCAGCCAACAAACCUUGACGCGCUUGUUGAGCAGACGCAUCCUCGCGAUCAGAACCAGCAACCGCACUUGCCACAGCACAAACAACAACUGCAGGAACAACAUCCACACUAUCAUCAACACCAGUAUCAACAACAGAACCAGCAUUACCAGCCACAGCAGGCCCCAUCGGGCACACAUCCGCCUGGAGCACCGCAGUACAGCGACGCGACCAGCAACAGCAACAGCAGCGUUGCUCAUUCCAACGGCAGUCGGGGCAGACGCAGCCCUAGCAUUACCGACGAGAAAUCCAAGGCGGAUGGUACCUUGCCGGUUGACGCCAACCCAGACAAUCACGCGUCGGUUGCAAGAUCCAUAGACCCAGCUUCAGGCGCCCACAGCCCCCUAAACGACACGCAACACAACGGCGGCGCGACAGGACCAGCGGCCCGUCCGGAUAUGUCCAACACACAACCGGGGCCCGGGCCCGCCCGGCAACCGGCAACAUAUGCGAGCCCGCCAACCUAUCCUCAAGCUGGCAUGUCACCUGUUUCGCACUACAUGUACUCGUCACAACCAAUUCCGUCCGACCCUUACCGGCCGAGCCCGACUACUCUCCCGAGCAUGCGAACGCUCGACCACCGGCAGCCACAAGCACAACCGCAACACGGGAUCCCGAUGGGAGCACACAUAGAGACGGAGCCCAGCAAUGCCGGCACCCGCUUCCGCGCAUAUGGGUUACUAUGGCGUCCACCCAUCCCACAUUGCGACGAAGCGCAUCCAACUUGUAACAACUGCAAAAAGUCGAAACGCGAAUGCCUAGGCUACGACCCCAUUUUCAAACCGCAACAAGGCCCUGCAGCAAUCCAACCAGCGCCGAGCACCCAACCCCCAGCACCCCCUCCGGCCUCCGUGCCCGCACCUGCCGUUCCGUCCUCCGGGCCGCAUCCGUACCAAACGUCGUACCCCCCUCCUCUUCCUUCGAAUAUUAUCCCCGAGCCCGCCCCAUCUACGGCCCCGCAAAUCAUCAAGACCGAGCCCAGUUACGACUACUCAACUGCUAUCGAUCCGGCACUGCAAGGGUCCGACAUUUCCGGCACACGGGCACCCCGAUACCACCAGGAACAGCACGGCUACAGGCACGGGCCCAAGGAAUUGGAUAUGAUCUCUUCUGGUCAUCUCGAGUCGUCCGUUGUCUGGGCGCUCGCAUGCCUUCCUCUCUCAAUCCCAUUCACCCCACGCCAGCAACAUCCGGAACCAGCUCCCGCCGAAGACGAACUCGGGGAGGUACGCGGCCGUCUGCAGGUUUUCGAGGCACUCCUGUCGGGCGAAACACUCGCAGUCAACCCUCUCUCGCCGCCCCCUACUAGCAACGUCCACCCAUUGCGAAGAAACGAGCUAGAGUUCUGGUAUCAUCUUGCCCAAUAUCUCCUCCAGGAAAAUGCGUCUUCCUCGCCUGCGGGUGUGUCGAGCAGAGAGCAUUCCUUGGGCGUGAUGAGAGAUCUAUUGGAUGGUCGGGAAAACCGCGAUGUUCUUUACAGCAUCGCGGUACUAAGAGAGUACACAGCGCACUGGGACGCCUCCUACAGCGAGCAAAACGUGCCCUCGCACCUGGAAGAAUCGGAUUCCCGGAGUAAGCUCGCUGUCGCGACAAGGUUCAUUCGAGACGAGUCCAACGUGACUGGCGGAACAACCAACGUGGUCCGCCGAUUCGCCCAGCUUGCUUACUCCGCGUUCGUCCGACCAGGCGCCAAUGUGAAUAGGAAAAAUAACAGGAAAUAA